ACGAACAAAGAACGUCGAUGGACGAUCGACGAACGAUGACAGACGAAAGACGAAGCACAAAACACGAACAGCGU